ACCUCGAGCUUGCACGCAUUUAUCUAGUCUAGAAGCUAGCUAGGGCUCAGGUUGUACUACCUACAGUACGUUGCCGUAGCCACACAAGGAUACGACAGUGUUUGCACGUCGCGGCCUGCAGCUAGCUACCUGCAACUGUGUACGCCGCCCCUCGGAUUCUCUACGUCCAUCGUCGUACCACCAUGCUCUAGCUGAUUAACAGCUAAAUUAAGUGGCGAGUCGUCUGCGAUUAUCUUAUUAAGGACCUCCUAUAUAUAACUAUCUCUUCUGCUUCUGUUCUCGCACUUCGUUUCUGAUAGUUUGCGUCAGCUACCAGCAGAUCUUUGUAGAAAACCAAAGGAACAGAACAGGCUAGCGUGGCCUAAGCUGCAGCUGUCAGCGUCGCCGUCGCCGCCGCCGCCGCCGCGAUGAUCACCGGGCGGGACAUCUACGACGUUCUUGCGGCGAUCGUGCCGCUGUACGUGGCCAUGUUCCUGGCGUACGGGUCGGUGCGGUGGUGGGCCAUCUUCACCCCGGACCAGUGCUCCGGCAUCAACCGCUUCGUGGCCGUCUUCGCCGUGCCGCUGCUCUCCUUCCACUUCAUCUCCAGCUGCGACCCCUACGCGAUGCAGUACCGGUUCCUGGCGGCCGACUCGCUGCAGAAGCUGGUCAUCCUGGCGGCGCUGGCCGUGUGGCACAACGUGCUCUCCCGCUACCGCAGGGGCGCGGCGGCGUCGUCGCUGGACUGGACCAUCACGCUCUUCUCGCUGUCCACGCUGCCCAACACGCUGGUGAUGGGCAUCCCGCUGCUCCGCGCCAUGUACGGCGACUUCUCGGGCAACCUCAUGGUGCAGAUCGUGGUGCUGCAGAGCGUCAUCUGGUACACGCUCAUGCUCUUCCUCUUCGAGUACCGCGGCGCCAAGGCGCUCAUCUCCGAGCAGUUCCCGCCCGACGUCGGCGCCAGCAUCGCCUCCUUCAGGGUCGACUCCGACGUCGUCUCCCUCAACGGCCGCGAGGCGCUGCAGGCGGACGCCGAGGUCGGCAGCGACGGCCGCGUCCACGUCGUCAUCCGCCGCUCCGCCUCCGCGUCCACCACGGGCGGCGGCCACGGCGCCGCGCGCUCCGGCGCCGGGUACCGCCCCUACGGCCCGUCCUCGGCCAUGACCCCGCGCGCCUCCAACCUCACCGGCGUCGAGAUCUACUCGCUGCAGACCUCGCGGGAGCCCACGCCCCGCGGCUCCAGCUUCAACCAGUCCGACUUCUACGCCAUGUUCAACGGGAGCAAGAUGGCCAGCCCGCUGGCGCAGCCCGGCGCCGCACGCGCGCCGGGGCUCGACGAGCAGGUGGCCAACAAGUUCGCGUCUGGGAAGGGUGGCGACGCCGCGGCGUACCCCGCGCCCAACCCCGGCAUGAUGCCACCGCCACGGAAGAAGGAGCUGGGCGGCUCCAACUCCAACUCCAACAAGGAGCUGCACAUGUUCGUAUGGAGCUCCAGCGCGUCGCCCGUGUCGGAGGCCAACCUCCGCAACGCCGUCAACCACGCCGCCUCCACCGACUUCGCCGCCGCGCCACCACCGUCGAUGCCGGUCGACGGCGCCACCCCAAAAGGCGUGAGUGGGACUGUCACGCCGGCCAAGAAGCCGGACCCCGCGGCCAACGGCGGGGACCUGGAGAUCGAGGACGGCCUCAAGAGCCCCGCGACGGGGCUGGCCGCCAAGUUCCCCGUGUCGGGCUCGCCGUACGUGGCCCCGCGCAAGAAGGGCGCCGACGCGCCGGGGCUGGAGGAGGCCGCGCACCCGAUGCCGCCGGCGAGCGUGAUGACGCGCCUCAUCCUCAUCAUGGUGUGGAGGAAGCUGAUCAGGAACCCCAACACCUACUCCAGCCUCAUCGGCCUCGUCUGGUCCCUCGUCUCGUUCAGGUUUAACAUCCAGAUGCCCUCGAUUAUAAAGGGAUCGAUAUCUAUAUUAUCCGACGCAGGGCUAGGCAUGGCCAUGUUCAGCUUAGGUCUGUUCAUGGCUCUGCAACCGAAGCUCAUCUCCUGCGGUAAGAGGGUGGCGACGUUCGCCAUGGCCGUGAGGUUUUUGACCGGCCCGGCCGUGAUCGCCGCCACCUCCAUCGCCAUUGGGCUCCGGGGAGUGCUCCUGCACGUCGCCAUCGUUCAGGCUGCACUUCCACAAGGCAUCGUCCCCUUCGUGUUUGCCAAGGAGUACAACUGCCAUCCUCAAAUACUUAGCACAGCGGUUAUAUUCGGGAUGCUGAUCGCGCUUCCGAUCACGAUACUCUACUACAUUCUUCUUGGAAUUUAGAUUUCUGGGUAGGCAGAGCCGCUAGGAUUCUAGGAAUGUAGCAGCGAACGCAUGCAAAGUGAAGCAAAUUGGAUAUCCUGAAGACCAUCGGAGCAGAGAAAUAGGGGAAGCUAAUAGGACCCUAGACAGAAAUGCAGAUGAGGGUGAAAAAAAAAAUCCUUGAUUCUAUAUAUUUUUUUUGCAUUUUCUGUUACCGUUUUAGAUUCAAAGCAAAGUUUAGAGCUUUGAGCAUGGAGGAUUGAACCGUUAACCGGGCAACUUGGUACUAAAGAUUCCUACCAGUUGAUUCCUUUGCCCAGAGAGACAUGUUCUGCAAAUUUCUGCCUGAUCUGAUCUCAUACAAAUUGGGAUAAAGUAAUAGAAGUGGUUCUCGAAUCGCAUGGCAAGAUCGUCAGACCGAUCCAGCCUGACAGCUUUGGGGAGCGAGUUAGAGCCUGUACCUUGCUUCGAUUCAGUCCCUGGCGCCAUGCCUGCGUGCACCUUUCCAGAUACACCAGUAGUAACUCUGGACCUAAACUCUGAAUCUAUAUCUGCCGUGGAUUAUGCGUAGCAAGCUACUCAUAAUUUUAGUAGUAUCUAGUUACAGCAUUGUUAUUAAUCUAUC